GAGCAGAAGGCGGCGAGCAGACGGCUCGCGAGGGCCUCCAGAGCAACCAUUGCCAUCGGUGAUGUCGGCCGCCUAGGUGAAACGAAACGGGUCGAUCCUGGUGCUCGAAAAGAUGAUCCGGAUUGGGUUUGGAUCUGGCGCUUCACUGUGGUUCUACUGCAUCUUCUUAUACGUGCUGCAAGGUCUCACUGAAGGGUGCAUCGUGACCACUCCUAGCCUCGUCCGGCUGGGCGCUCAAGAAACGGUACUUGUCAGGAACACGGGAAACGCAACCAGGAAUGUCACACUGCACGCUACCGACUACCCCGCUGAAGCUCGCCUUCUCUUUAUGGAGUCGUUCCUUAUGGGACAUGGUGAGGAGAAACUCGUGUACCUGAGACUCGACGAGACAAAGUUCUCCAGCGAAGACCUCCAGUCAAAUCGUUCGAUGCUUGUUUCCCUGAGAGUCCACUGUGGUGACGCAUUCAACAAGGCGGCAGUUUUGCUGCUGAAGCCAAGUUCGGGGUACAUAUUUUUACAGACGGACAAGCCCAUCUACAGCCCAGGGCAGGACGUUUUGAUACGAAUUGUGGCUGUGGAUGAAGCCUUGCUUCCUUCGACCGACAAUGUUCACCUUGAGAUUAAGAAUCCGCAGGACAUUGUGUCCUACACAUGGGACGUUCUCUUAGAGAACCCGAACACCGGCCUGAUCAGCCAUACGUAUCACCUGCCGAAGUACCCAAUGCUCGGCAAAUGGAAAGUCAUCGUGACAUAUGGACGGCAUAAGAAUCUAAAAUCCGAGGUCUCCUUUCAAGUGAAGGAAUACGUUUUGCCAACGUUUUCUGUUCAACUGGGGAUGCCGAAUGUUAUUCUGCCGAGUGUGAAAGGGGGCAUCAGCGUCACCGUGAAAGCAAGCUACGUUUACGGAAAGCCGGUGACAGGAAACGCCAUUCUAACGUUUUCCGUGCGUAACGAAGUCAACCACGACGUGAUGUUUGGUACCAAACUUGUGGAUCAGCUGGUUGGCGGAAAGGCAUUUUUCACGGUUCCCGUUGACGAGCUUAAGAACGGAAGCGAGUGGAAAGACUGGGUCGAUGGCAACAGACUUUCGGUGCGAGCCGUGGUGGUCGAGGAAGCGACGGCGAAGCAGGAAGCUGUGCUAGAUGACUCGUCCCUCUUCAGCAACGCAGCUUACACUGUCAGUCUAGAGAACACUCGACGAGACUUCAAGCCUGGCACGCAAGUCGCGGUUGUGGCAGACAUUCGCCAUGCGGACGGCCAACCAGCCAGUGGUGUUGAUGCAAGAAUAACGGCUACCGAUGAAAAUGGCACUGAGGUAAGAGACCAGAAGAAAACGAAUAAAGAGGGCAAGGCGCUGUUUGUCAUCACGACGCGUCGAGGUCAGCAACGACUGAACAUUGCGGUUCGCACACUCGAGGGCCGUCAGUCGGAAGCCUCGGCGACAUUGGUUAACUACACGUCACCGGUGAACGCCUUCAUCUCUAUAGACCACAAGUCCUACACCAAAGAUGACCUCCAAGUGGACAACCACUUUAACAGGUACCUAACAGUGGACCCAGACGAUUUCUCAGCAGUGUUUUACCAGGUCAUGACACGUGGCAAGAUUGUGGCGCACGGAACAGCGCAUCACCCGGGCCAGAAUAAAUAUGAGGUGAACUUUAGGCUCACAGAAGCAAUGGCUCCCAAGUUUCGGCUGCUGGUCUUCGGCUUCCGCCAGGGACACGUGGUAGCCGACUCGGAAGACUUCGAGAUCGGGGAGCACUGCUCCUACUUGUCUACGAUAAAACUGUACCCCAGUGUGGGCCACGCGGAGCCCGGUGAAGUGAAAGAGAUUGGCGUCCAAGGACAGACGAGCACGAUAGUUGGUCUACUCGCCGUCGACAAAGCUGCGUAUCUCCUCGGCGACACCAGCCUGCUCACUCGCAAGAAGCUAUUUGGGGCACUUCGCUCACACGACCCAAGUUGCGGCCCAGGCGGAGGUGUCACGGCGGAAGAGGUUCUCGCUAACGCUGGCGUCGUGAUAAUCUCGGCAGAGGACUCCACCGACAGCAUCACUUCAGAAAACAGCUGCGCUGCCAGGGUUCAUCGUCGCAAAAGAGACGUCCGUGAAGCACGCAUUCAAUUCGCCACUCCGCUGAUGCGACUCUGCUGUGACGUGGGCACAUUGCCGGACAGACUGCGGAGGCACUGCUCUACUAGGGAGGACAUCAUCCGGCGCCACUUCAACAACCCAGAAGGCAAUGAAUGCGCCGACGCAUUCGCGUACUGCUGCGCACGCACAUUUCAAUUCAAGGAUGGCGGGCCUUUGUUCAUGGACAACACCGACCUACCAAGGGCUCGCGGUGGAAGUAAUCAGCUCAGCGUGCCGGGUGGUCCUGAAGAGGAAGGUUCGUCUGACAUACGGCUGAGGAAUGACUUCCGGGAGGCGUGGCUGUUCGAGCAAGGAACAAUAGGGGACAACGGCUGGUACAACUUUUCAUCCUCUUUGCCGCACAGCAUAACGACGUGGUCUGUUCAGGCAAUGGCCGUGUCUCCUGAAGGAGGCGUUUGUGUCGCCGAACCUGUCGAGGUGGUGGCUUUCCGGAAGGUGUUCCUCCAAGUCAGCUUUCCCUCGACGGUCGUUAGGAACGAACAAGUCGAGAUAGUGGCAACCCUAUUCAACUACGACGAUGAAUCGCAGGACGCAACAAUAUCCUUGCACGGAGGUCCGGACUUGUGCAUCGCGUCGAAGCAUCCUCGGCUGCCAGACACGAAAGGGCUAAGAGUAGAAAAGAACUCCGCCAGCAGCAUCAGCUUCCCCGUGGUUCCCUUGCGCCAGGGAAACUUGCCCUUUGAAAUUCACCUCCGGAGCAGAGGUCAUGCCGACCGUGUUGAGAAGACCCUAACAGUUGUGCCUGAGGGGACACCCGAUGAGCAGAGCUUCUCAGUGACAAUUGACCCGAGCAAUGAACAACGCCGGAGGAAGAGAGCCAUUUUGACCAGGGCGUACAGAGAUAUUUUGGAGGAAGACGAUGGACGACAGGUUAUAACUAUAAUUCCACGCUAUCCCUACAACACAGUCCCGGACACUGAGUCGUGCUCUGUUUCUGUCAUAGGCAGCGAAGCGGCUUCCGUCGGAGGAGCGGCUAUAGCGAACGUGGAGUCGCUGAUAUCGAUGCCCAAGGGAUGUGGAGAGCAGACUAUGAUGAUUAUGGCACCAGUCCUCUAUUCGUACACAUAUUUAAAGGUGAAGAAUAUGCUCAACGAAUCUGACAGAGUCGAUGCUCUGAAAUAUCUUCUCGAAGGAUACGGGCGAGAACUGAAGUUUCGAAACGAGAACGGAUCGUUUGCCACUUUCCAGAAGAGGCCUGGGAACGUAUGGUUGACCGCCUUCGUGCUCAAGGUUUUCUGCGAGGCCCAAAAUGUUAUCGACAUUAGCCCUGACGUCAUAGAAAAAGGAUUAUUGUGGCUUUCGAGGCAGCAGCAGCCCGACGGCAGCUUCGAAGAGCUUGAUCCCAUUGUACACCGAGAAAUGCUGGGAAGCGUUCACGGCAAAACGGCGAUGACAGCGUUUGUUCUGCUCACGUUUCAAGAGUGCGCGGCUGCAUCAGCUUCAGUGUCUGAGGGGAUCAACACAACAAUUGCACGGGCUCAAUUUUAUAUGAGGGAACGCCUGGAUGCCAUCAAGUUUCCGUACAUAGCGGCUCUGACGGCGUAUGCACUGAGCUUCGCUCCCGGACCCGACCGGCAAAAGUCGAUGGACGUCCUAAGAGCUCACCUGCUCGAAGACACAGAUAUGAAUUCACUUAGCACGGGAGACGAGGCUACAGGCAUUGACGUGGAAGGCACCAGCUAUGCCCUGCUCGCUCACCUCAAGCAUCAUGACAUGGACUCAAGCAAGAAGUUUGUGAACUGGCUUCUUCGGCACCGGUCAGCUUCGGGGUCUUUCGUGUCCACCCAGGACACCGUCGUAGCACUCCAAGCCCUAUCGGAAUUCUCAAUACAAGCUUCUAAUGCCGCUCCUGACAUCUCUGGAGUAGUCCUCACUGAUAAUACUCUUCAGGACUUCCGCAUUAAACGAGACAAUGCUGCUCUGUUGCAAGAGUUUCAGAUUGUCAACGCCAAAGGAAAAAUUGUCGUGAACGCAUCGGGAAUAGGCACUGCAGCACUGAAUGUGAGGCUGAGAUACAACGUUCUGGUUCCAUCUCAGCAAGGCUGCAAGUUUGCUCUUUCUGUUGCAGCCGAAAUAUACAGAGAAAGCAUCGAAGGCCCUGGAAUACUUCCCGACAUUCUCGUACAAAAGCUGGGUGUACAGUGGUCGCACCUCGCAUCGAGGCAUCGUGUUGGACGAGCGCAGGAAAAGCCAAGAAACAAGCCUGAUGAUGAAAAUACGUAUCAGAUCAAAGUGUGCACCAGGUACUUGGGCGGAAAUGAAUCGAACAUGGCUAUUGUAGACGUUGGAACCUUCACUGGCUUCAGGCCGAUUAAAGAUGACCUGAACAAAGUUGUCAACGACACGGCAGGGGUGGACAAAUACGAAGAACGGGAGAAUGGAGUCUUCUUUUACCUUAAAACGGUCAAAGCGGCGACGGAAACUUGCCUAAAGUUUCGGGUUGAAAAGGAAUUUGCAGUAACAAAUCUUCAGACUUCCACCGUGAAGGUGUACGACUACUACAAGCCGAACGAGCUUUGCAGCCAGUCCUACAGACCAGAGCCAGCGAGCACUUCGGUGGAGCUCUUCUGCGAUGGAAACAUGUGCAAAUGCGCUACAGCGGAGUGCCCCGUGAACGAAACUUUCAUUGACGUCAUCAAAACAACUGGAAAGAUCGCCUGUGACGACCAUGACUUCGUGUGGAAGGGAAAAGUUUCUGCAAACUACGUCCUCGCAGGUUACAGGCACUUGGCGUUCGACAUCGACAAAGUUAUAAAAGAAGGUGAAGAAAACACCGAGACUCUUGAAGGCCACACGCGACUUUUCCUCGGCCGCCAGUUGUGCAACACGUCAAACCUCGACGUCGGACGUGAGUACAUCAUAUUCGGCAAGGACAGCGACGAAGACAUCACGGAUGGGGGUUUAAGCGUCAGGUACCCGCUGAAUCACAGAGUUCGAAUCUACCAUACUGCAAGUGCUUCCAAACUGCGAGGAAAAAAGACAACCGUUCAAACGGUCGUAGACUGGCUCUCGAAUAAGUUUACCAAUGAAGGUGGCUGUAAUGAAUAAACUUUUCAGAACAGCCAAUUGUCCUUAGUGCUCAAGUUUGUUUUUACGAGCCGGUGAAUGAACGUCGUUUU